AUGGGGAUUUACGUAAGGAAUUUAUUAAACCUAAGGGGCAGCUCUGUGUUUAUUUCAAACUUAAAAAAACUUACGCGAAGAUAUAGCAAUUUUCCAUUCUUAGAUCUACAUCAACAAAUUACUGGACAAAAUUUGAGUAGUAAAUGCUUAGAAAAAAUAAAAAGACAACAUCCAAAUAUUGAUAAGCUAAGACAUGAUCAAUUGAAAUACACAAUUCAGAUUUUAAACAAGUUCAACAUCACUCCAUUGGAGGCUUGUGAAAAUGCUCACAUUUUUUGUAUGAAUUCAAUCACCAUGGAUAAUUAUGGAGAAAUUUUAAGAGAAUGUCAAUUCAUCAAAAUUGUAACCAAACACAUUAUCAAAUAUCACACUCUUGUAAGAUCCAGGACAAUUGCCAAAUUAAAAAAGGAUGGUUUGAUCAAAGCAGAUCUAAAUCUAGAAAAGGUUUUACAAGACUGUUUUCAUGACUGGCCAGAGAGUAAUAAAAGAUUGCAUCAUUUUACAGAUUCAACCACAUCUAUUCUACAAGUUCGUAUGUGUGUAUUGGAAAACUAUUUGAAAUGGAGAUUGUCCAUUGAAACUGACGAGUUCCAAAAAUACUGUAAACAUUACAUGUCUUUCAAACAUAAACCAAUGUCAGACAUUCGAGAAGCUUUAGAUAUUGCACAAAAUGUUAUCAAGUUCGAUACUGAAGUUAUCAGACGCAAUGGGUUUAUUAUCUCAUCUGAUCCGGUUAAUACUAAAUUGAUACUAGAAAAUGUCGAAUCGUUAGCUGGCUUUGAAAUACACGACGCUAUAAAAAUUGAACCUGCCAUCUUAAAAAAUAAUUAUAAUGCCUUGUUAGAAAUGAAGAGUAUUUUAGAAGAAUACAGAAUACCAUUGGAGGCUCAAAGACGCUGUUUAAAAAUAUAUUGCAUGUGCCCGGAAACAGUACGCGAGAGACUAAAAGAACUAGCCAGUUUAAAAGAAUAUCAAGUAUUAUCUACCAAUCCUAGAGUAUUAUCAAUGGUCGUUCAUAAGAAAAAAAUGUUAUCACGAUUAAGUAAGAUACAGGCAGCGAAAAAACAAUGUUACAGUCUCAAUCAUCUCAUCUCGUCCAGUAAAGUAUUUAACAAUUACAUAAGCAAUUUCGGUAAUAAAGUCUGCGGUAGAGAUAUCGCAAUACUAAUAAGCUCUUCAUUGAAUCGGGAGGGAUUCGAUCAUAAUAAAGAGAUAAGCGAAUCCGAGAGGUUGAAGGAGGUGUUACAGCAGUUGAGAAGGCACAAGUUCUGGCUGCACACCGCGUUGGACGUGGUCUGCGACAAUUUGCAGUUUCUGAAAAGUCGAUUCAACGACAGGGACAUUAUCAAAAACUGUCAGCUGGUUUUGUAUCCUGUAACUGAAAUAGAACAAUAUAUAACUAAAUUAUUAGACAUUCGAGACAAUAAAGAAAUCCAUUCUCAGGACCGAGGAAAUAUGUAUUACAAUAAUUUGAAUUAUGAAAAGCUAACUGGUGAACAGAUUCUGAGUUUAGUAUUAUAUGAGAUAGAGAAGAAGUAUCAUUUCAGCGGAGAUGGAAUAUGGGGAAUGCAGGACGGUGUUAAAGUGGAAUCGCGGGUCUAAAAAAACUUAAUAAAUAAAUAAAAAUGUAAACGGUUUUUUUUAAAUUAUGAAUGCGAUGAUAACCAAGAGCAGAUCAUGCUCGGUUUCAACAAUC